GACCAGGUUCAGCUGUGUGUCCCGCGCGGCUGCCCCAAUGUGAGGUUUUCAUCCAGAUUGCUUCUUUGUCUGUCGGCUCUCCGUGAUUUUACUUUUGAUUUUUACCCGUCACCGCUAGAGAAUCCUAUUGCGAGUGAAUGAAUGCCUUUACCUUUGCGGGGUUCAUGCGUUUGAACAACUAUCGCAUGGUCAGGAUUGACCAAUCUACUACCUCUGAUGGUUGGCAUUACAGACAGAUCUUGAGGAUCUGAUUCAGAGAGAAAUAUUAGCAUAUCAUCUGAAUAAUCAUUGACACGUUGGCUUUCGUCAAAGAAUCAGUCGUCUGAUGUCAGAUUAACCGCUGCCCAACACAAAGCGGUGUUCGCGGCUAUCUGCAGGGACAAAACCCCCUUCGGGGCAAGUUGGAAACCCGAGGAUCGCGAAAGAUUCGGCCAACAAAACCCUUGAAAUGGAGAGAGAAGCCACCGUUGACGAAGCACGACGCGACGACACCAUCGCCAAGAUGAACACCGCAAAACCUCCUGGUACGGUAACUACCGCUCCUCGACGGAUUGUUACGGCACCGGUUCAUUCCCAGGCCUGCCGGUCCGAUGCAGCGCCCUCAACACCACAGCCCGGAGGUAUCGAGACACUGUAUAGCCAUCCCUCGGUCAAAAUAAUAGCCUUUACAGCCGGACCCCGUGUUUUUGAUAGCCCGGGUCGGACGGUAUCGUCUCCAAUAGAAGUUGAACCGGGCUCUUUGUCUUGGUCUUCCCAAUUGGAGCGGACUAUUGCCGUUGGUCCAUUUAGAAUAUACCGUGCCCCUGGCUCAGUUGCUUUCCUCAACUGUGGCUCCGCGCUACAACCAAUCCUGCCAAAGAGCCAGUGUUGGUGUAUCGAUGAGUGCUCGAGUAAAUUCGUGCUUCAGAUUAGACGUCCGCAAUACUGGCGCAUCGAGAUCGCCGUCGACGUCGAAAAGGCCCAGGCUCUUCGAGAUGUCUUUGAUAAAAUUUUGCAGUUUGAGAAAACACCCUGCCCGUUUCAACGAGCUUUCACGGUUGAACUGCCAGAACGACCGCAACAGGCAGUCAAGAAGCGCCCAUGGACGCCUGUUCAGCGGAAGCCAUCAUUACAGUUUCCACCCACUCCAGUUACGCCCGAGGCCGAACCACCGAUUGCAUUGAUGGGGAAGAGGAGCAGUGACUUUUACAAGCAGACAAGCGGCUCGCCAGCUGAAAAUGCGACAACGCCGACUUUGCCCACGAUUCAGAAGAUACGGAGGAGGAAGAAUAAUGCAUCCGCUCAGACGGCAGGCGCGGAGGAAACUCCCACGCCGACUCUGACGCCCGCUCUGACGCCGAUCCUGUCACCGACUGUACAGGAAAAUAUGGAGGCGGAGUCUCUGUUGGAAGGCCCAUCAAAAACCAACAUUGAGCCCAAAGAGGAGGUAGCCGACGAGACGCUCGCCGCGGAGGCCACAGCGGCGAUUACCCGACCGCAUCUAGGCUUUCAGGCCAGCCGAUCUGUUACAGCUCCACCACAGCUAUCGCUACUGACGCCUUCAUCAAAGCCUCGCACUGAAACAUGUGAGCUGGCAGAAUCACAGGCAGAAGAUCAAGAAGAGCAGAACCCGGAACCGAACUCGCCAACGGACUCUUCGGCUUCUUUUCACAGUCUCCAGAGUUGGCAUUCUUCCAAGGGCCCGCUCCCUCCUUCGCCACCACUUUCGAAUCCUAACUCACCAAGAACUUUCCCGUAUCCCCAUGAAAACAUACCGUUACCGCAUCCUGUUUCCUCAAGAGUGGAGCUGGAAGAUAAGGAACCCCCAAUGACCGCAUUGAGGCAGACCUUUAUUGAAGGCGACUUCAGCCCUCUGAGAGCUCCCCAGGAUGAUGCUAGCGUGGAUGAGUCGAGCCCCAAAGACCAGUCUGUUUCCGUCUCUAGCGAUUGUGCAUCCGAUACUUCGGUUUCGCAUGCAUCCUCUUGUGAGGAUACCUCUCAAAGACCACACACACCGGCAACCGCUGCCAGUACCUCCACGGACCUGAGCCGCAGACCCCGCAUUAGACACCGCCCUACGACCAGCAACAUUUCUGUCAGCCAAGCACUCUCUCCCCUCCCGUCGGCCGCCAACCUUUUCUCUCCUCAUAGCAAAUUCAGAGCCCUUGGCCGCCCUACGACGAGGCUCCAAGCGGUCAGCCGAAUCCCUGGGGCCAUCAUACACAAGACAUGCGAGAUACUCCUUUCACCUCCUAGCCACUUGAUCAACCUCAUGCUCAAUGUGGCAGCGCGAAUCACAAGUGGCGAGUGGCGAGGGUUUGUGUUUGGUGUCGGCGAGUCUGGUGAACAGAUUCCCGUGCAGUGGGACUACUCAGACAGUAGCGAUACGGCCAGCACUACCGGCCGUUGCUGGGAGGUCAACAAUGAUGACGGCUCAGAGGGCGAUGCUGCGCAGCCGUGGCAGGAGAGUCGCAUCUCAGUCGCAGAUGCCGCCAAGGCGAGGAUAGAGACCGCUCUCGCUAGCAAGGUACCCGCUGCCGAUGAUUGUCAGAACUGGGAAGUCGAUUAGGGGCGAUUUUUCGGAAUGGCCGACAAUUUACGCGAAAUGCCUUGAGUACGCCACUGGGGCGGAGUCCCCAAUAGAGACUGGGACAAGAGAAACAAAGCUCGUGGCAGUAUUAUGUCUCAUUUUCUUUUAAUGUGAGAUACGCUGCCACCUUGUGAGUUGACAGUUGGCGUAUCUCGGAGGCUUAAAUCUUGUCCGUGCUUCAUUGAAUGUGAUCUGGAGUCACUUGAUGUACUAUAUAUGUUGUAUGACCAAAUUUGUUGUUUGUAUUUGCACACGCUGGAUCGGAUGGGGCAUUUGGGGGACUUGGUCGUUUUGGUUGCAUUCGGUUCAUCUCAGGUCUUGGUUCUUUUUCGGUGUCUUUCACGGCCUAUACUGCGAAAUUUUGCCCAGCCGAUUUCUCACUUAUAUCUCUUCAUCAGUGCACAUGAAACUGAUCCCUGGCUUUGGUCCCGGGGUGUAAUACAAACUAUUUGAUCUGCACA